CAAUACCGCCGUUACUGAAAGUUUUCGUCCCUACCGCCGAAUCCGUCAUUGACAGCACGUCUGUCUUGCAUCUGUGGACUACAGCCAACUGUUAAUAUUCUAACAAUGUUUAUAUUAUCCUUGCUCGGUACGAGGUACAUUUUACGACUGCAGAUGUGAAUUGUGUCGUGUGCAUAACUGUAAAUAGUCGUCUUAUUAUAAUUGCCUUUCCUAUUCUAAAUCCCACCCGGCUGUGCUGGAAAAAUUGCCGCUGGUCGGAGUGCUUGAGAAAGGGUUUUGCCUGACAGUUUAGCAGGCUUACGUGAUGACUUUGUCCACACGUCAUGACAGAUUUCAGAUUGAGAAAAGCGAAAGCGCAAUGGAGUGGAAACCUCUGGAAAUUAACCCUGAGAUGCUGAACAAAGUAAGUGCUUCCUUCUCCAGUAACAGCUGUCACCCUUGACCAGGAAAUGGUCCUGAUUCAUACAUGAAGUAGGGUUGCAGGGUAGGCUACAUAAAGCAAUUAGUAUUCCCCGUGGUAAACUUUCAAAAGAACUUACAGGCUUAUUUUAAAAAAUGACUUUCUUUAAAAUAAAGAAAUUUAAACGGACCUUUGUAAAAUAAUAAAAUCCAACGUUAAAUCUCGCUUGCUGCUAAUGGUUUUACAAAAAAAUCUGCUCUUUAAGUUGGGUGUAGGUAAUGGUUGGCAGUUUGUUGACAUCAUGGGGCUGGAAGAGGAAGCAUUGUCCUGGGUGCCUUCACCCUCCUUUGCAGUCAUGUUGCUUUUUCCUCUCACGCAACAGCACGAGGCUUACAGAGAGAAGCAGACGGAGGUGAUGGGUGACAGCCACAAGAGGGAGUCUGAGGUUUACUUCAUCAAGCAGACCGUGGGGAACUCCUGUGGGACGAUUGGCCUGCUGCAUGCUGUGGCCAACAACAAACACAGGCUGGAGUUUGAGGCUGGCGCUGUAAUUAAGAGGUUCCUGGAUGACACAGCCAGCAUGUCUGCAGAUGACCGAGCCAAGAGGUUGGAGACAAACCAGGAAAUCCAAGCAGCCCAUGAGGAAGUGGCUGCAGAGGGACAGUGUCAGGUAGACCCAGACAAAGUGAACUUCCACUUUAUCACCUUCAUCAGUGUGGGUGGACAGCUUUACGAACUGGAUGGCAGAUUGAAUUACCCUGUGAAUCAUGGCCCUACAACAGAGGAUAACUUCAUAAAGGAUGCAGCAGGGAUCUGCCGUCAGUUUAUGGAGCGGGAAAAGGACGAAGUUCGCUUCUCGGCAGUGGCUCUGUGCAGAACCUGACCAGACCCUGGAGGAGGACACUGGAGGACUGACCCUUCAUUUAAACGACUAAAGCACUCCUCAUCCCUGCUUGACCUGGAUCUUGUCUCCCUUUGUAUUCCUACCUGUCACUUUAAAGUUGUGUGUCAAUAAAUUUCAGUAAUUAUCUGGCACAGUUAAAAAUGAAAAUAAAAAUCCUGUAUUAUCACUUUAUCUGUCUCUUCUCAAAAGCUGCAGGACAACACUUCCUUAUAGGGAUGCCUUUAAAAACACGCCUAAUCUGUUUGGAAAUUGCUGAGCUGUGUUAUGGGGCUUUGCUGCCAUCUGUUGUUGCAGAGUUUGGUGAUAUAUUAGCCUGCUCAAGUCCUUAAAAUGUUUUUAAAAUGUU